AUGCGUUUUACGUUAGCAUGUUUUGUUAUUGGGAUGAUUGGUGUGAACGCAAGGGUUGGCAUUGACGGCGUAGCAUUGCGCACAGAAGGGGACUUUUACGGAUGUGAGCAGGAUACGUGCGGCAUGAGGAAGAAGGUCCGUGUAAAACAAGGUGCGUUAGGCAAACGCGACAAAGUUUACAUGGAGGCUGGUGAUGAGUUGGAGCUGAUUGACGACUAUAAUAAAACUAUUGUCCGAUACCGUGCCGAUGAUUGCGCGAUUUCGAAUCUAGACGUGGUGGUGCAACACGUAGGCGAGGCGCAGUCAACGGCACUACUUUUAAGCGGAAAGCAGUGUAAUUACGAGAUAAAGUUGCAGCGGAGUAGGGUAGCAGGCGAAGAACGUGAUCCAGUAACAGGCAAGCUGCUAAAAAGCAAAAACAGCGAGAAAACAGAAGGUCGGGCACUGAAUGGCCAGACCGUGCUGUCGCCAGGGUCGGGGAACCUGGAAGGUUUCGUAAAGAUUAAUUUUCCGGCCGGCUUAAGAAAAGAUAUUAAGUUCCGCAUUCAAGUGCGCGGCUACAGUUUGGCAGUGCAACCGGCAACAUCAGCUUUAACGCGGACUAUCUAUGGUGGCUCUGACUCAGGCAACGUCGAAUACAGAGCGACCGCGAAUACUACAUGUACUGCGACAGUAGGAGCGUAUAUAAUCCAAGACACAGCUGAGGUGGAUCACUACGUUAUGGUUCAGAGGCUAACCAGCCCUGUAGAAAUGUGGCGGUAUGUCACCAUGGACGUCUUCGCCGAGUGUUCGAAGACGCUCUAUUCGGACCAUCGUUACGUUAGCAAACGUGGCGCGACUCAUAAAGGCGCAGAAAUAGUGGAAUAUGACGCGUAUGGCGACUACAACGGUGUGUUUAGAACGAUGCUGCCGGGAGACUACGGGACUUACACGCUCUUAUCGUUUGAUUGUAGCGGGUUGUCGCCAGAGUUUAACGAAGACCGUUGUGCGUACGCUUCGAAGCCUAGCUACGUGGCAGACGCAUACAACAGCGCAGUGUGCGGUGGUGGAGAUGGUACAAGCUACUCAUACGAUCAAGAUGGUAAUAUCAUUACACGCAGGCUCACAGACCGAGAAUUACAGACCGGGGCAGUGGGUUUCCUAGUAGCGUGUGCUGUGACAGUCGGGAAAGCAACAUUAGCAGACAAUAUAGGGACUAUUAUCAGGAAUGGGCCUAUGUCGGACUUUGGACCAGCCCAGGCCAUCGUCACAGCGAGCGUAGGUUUCGUGCAGUUAUCGUACGACGCUAUCACAACGGCUGCUGAAGCUACACCAGAAGGCAUACUCACAGGGUUGGUUUGUGGCACCGCAUACAAUGUAGCUACGUUGUGGUGGGGAAAAUCGAUAUCGCCAGGUUGGGGACAGAAACCAAACACGGAGGAAGCUUAUAACAGUGAAGGACUGUGUAGUACAUAA